GGUUGCUAUUUAAGGUUUCUAUUUAACUGAUACCACGACAACGCAUAAUUACUAAAUUGUAAUGAUACAAAGAAACUAGAUUGAAUAAAAUAAUUUGAUUUGUCGGAAAAUGGAUGAUAUAAAACCACCCAUUCCUCCUCGUGACACACUUACUGAAUACAUGAAGACAUAUUUUCCGGGAGUAACACUUGAUUGUGAACAGCGGAUAAGAGACAGAGGCAAAUCGACGUCGAAUUCAAGAAAACCAAAGGACAAAGUAGACAUUGGAAACCGCGAUAAGUCAGGCAGUAAGCCAUCCUCAGCUCGAGAGAAUAAAAGCGGUGAACUUACAUUUGAUAAUUUGGUUCUCACAUCCGAAUAUAAAACAGACAGUCCAGAGAAAAAGAGUGACGUAGAAAAAACAUCCUCAGUCUCGACCUCCGAAGAAAUUGGUUGGCCCAUUAUUCAACGGAGCUCAAUUCAGCCCCUAACGUGUCACUCUCAAACACCUCACCCGCUAACCAUAUCCCGUGGUACCAGAUGGGAUAAGUUUAACACGGUUGUUGAACGAACAUAUGGCCUUGAAGAUGUCGAUAUAUUGAACAGCUCUGAGAUAGAAUUUGUGAAGGAUGGUAAUGGUAACCCGGCCAUCCUUCACGAUUGUGCAAAACAUCGCAUUUAUUUAGGAUCGUAUGCUCAUUUAGUUGACAAGGGUUGGAUGUGUCGGAAUCAAAGAAAUAUAGCCUCUACAUUUUAUAAAGAUAAAGUAGAUAGAGUAGUCGAAACAGUUGUCAUCGAAAGCAAGAAACGAGAACAUGCUGACACUCUAAAUUCCACGUUUAUACACCUAUCUGUAUUGGCAAAAAUCAGAAAAGCAAAAAUAAAACAGGUGCCGUUAUUAUUAGGGGCAAUAAGGUUGGAACACACGACUGCCCUAUAUCUUGAUUAUGCAACUGUCACUCGUUUUAUUGGUGAUGUAAAUCAGGAAACUGUUACUCGUUCUGGAGGUGAAGUAAAUCAUGACUGUUUCACAACGUGUACAGAUAUUGAAGCUUUCCUUAGAAUAAGAAGAAAAGAGGGCGCUAUAACUGAUGUAUUCUGCUAUCGUUUGCUCUCUUUAUUAACCUCAGUUAUCGCAAGAGUUCAUAAUCUCGGAAUUGUCCAUAAUAGCAUCUGUCCAUCGAACAUCAUUGUUAAAUACGGUGUUCACGACAAUGACAAUUUUGCCGUUUUUGUAACUGGAUGGGGAAAUGCCACUACUGUUGAACAAAGUUGUUUCACCCAUUCAUGCCGUGUAUCAACAUCUUCUGAUAAUGAUUUAUACAUCGCCCCAGAACUAACACGGGGAGAUACUCCGACUCUAUCCUCAGAUGUAUUCAGUUUAGGAAAGGUUUUCAAACAAAUAGCAAAAAGUUACUGGAUCUUGGAAGAAAUCAUUGUAGACUGUUUUGAUAUUGAACGUUUCUUAGACGAAGACCCAAAUUACAGACCAUCAGCGGAAGAAGUUAAUAUUGCAUUACAUUUAAGGAAAUCUUCCAGAGGCUUAACGAUCCCUACAUGUCCUAAUGAAGUAAGUCGGUCAAUUUGGAGCAAAGCGUGGGAAGACAGACGGACGGAUUAUGACGAUGAAGAUGUUUGUAAAUAUAUCAAAUCUAGAAUUGACCAAAAGAAAAUCCUAUGCGAACAAAAAGAAAAAUGGGCGGAUGAGAUCAUGAAAUGGACAUUUGUUACCAUGGAAAUUAAGCAUUGGAAGAAACAAUGCGAAAGGGUUGCCAUUGACUUCGAUACUAAAACAGUUAUACAGGACAUAAAAGAGAAAAGUGACAUUUAAUUAUGAAGAAUUAAUCGAUACACUAUUUGCAAUAAUGAUCGUAUUUGAUUGAGCUUGAAAAACAUAUAUCCGGUUAAUAUGCCAUCUCUAAUUGCUGAGGUCGAUUUUGUGAAUUGUUCCAUAUUACAUACAUUUUAGACAGCCCUAUUUCAAUGUCCCAAUAUAUGACAAAUGGGCUGUUUUCUAAAAAAGGUUAUUUUCAACUGCAGCAUUGUAAUGCCAAUUUUACGUUCGUUCAUGGUUAAAGGUGCAACAAUUAGUGGGGGGGGGGGGCAUUCAACGAUCAUCGACCAGUGUCAAAAUAUAUUUAAGUUUGGAUAUUUCAUCAAGACUAACAUAUAUUUUCAUUAUCUACAAAGAAACCCCCUGGAUGAACAUUACAUCAGCUGAUAUUCCUCUUGAAACGUGGCGGAUCUUAAAAUCUAUAAGUGGGACUCCCUUUAUAGAAGCUUUGAACUGAAUUUACACUUCUUAAUGCUGAAAUUGAUAGUUUAUACAUACAUUUUAAGAAAAUAGGUAUGUCAAAGAAGGUGUUAAGCCAAAUAUUGACCUGAUAGGUCAGAAAAAUUCGAAUUUUCUCUAUACAGUCCUUGUUGCCCCUUUAAGUAUCUAUAAACUGAGAUGCGCAUACUAAACACACAUCUGGAAU